AUGGCCACCUCUGCCUCCAGUGCUGCUCCUCCUAUGGUGGAAGAUGACCACAACGACGAGCUCUACGCGAUGCAGCUCGCCACCGCUUCGGUCUUACCCAUGGCGCUGAAAGCCGCCAUCGAUCUCGGCGUGUUCGACAUCAUCAGCUCCGCCGGCCCCGCCGCUUCCCUCUCCCCUGCCCAAAUCGCCUCCCAACUUGCCUUUUCUACUACUGAUAGCAACUCCUCUGCCUCUGCUGCUGAUGUCGGCCAGAGGCUUGAUCCAAUCCUCCACCUCCUAGCUUCCCACUCUGUCCUCACUUCUUGUCCUACUGAAACCAGCGGUGAUGGGUUCCCCAGAUCGUACGGCCUGGCUCCCGUGGCGAAAUUCUUCCUCAAGGAUCAUGGGAAAGCUAGCAGUGAAGGCAAGAGAAGAGGGUCUCUGGCUCCCUUCGUGUCCUUGGUCCAGGACAGAGUCAUUCUCGAUUCCUGGGUGCACUUGAAGGAUUGGGUGAUGGAAGGUGGCGGGACACCGUUCUACAAGGCUCAUGGAAUGAACGGCAUGGAGUACAUGAACAAGGAUCCAAGGUUCAAGGAUGUGUUUGCCUCCUCCAAUUCAGAGCUCAGCCCUCUUGUCGCGGAGGCGGUGGUGGACAGGUACUGUGAAGAGCAGCAAGGUUUUGCAGGUGUGAAGUCACUGGUGGAUGUUGGUGGUGGUGAUGGAUCGACCAUGCAUCGGAUAGUCUCCAGGGUCCCGACGAUCGUCAAGGCUAUCAACUUCGAUCUGCCUACCGUCAUCCAGAAGUCUCCAUCAUUUCCAGGUGUGGAGCAUGUGGCAGGGGACAUGUUUGAAAGUGUCCCACAAGGAGAUGCCGUCUUCAUCAAGUGGGUUGUGCACAUGGUGGAUGAUGAGCAGUGCCUGAAACUACUCAAGAACUGCCACCAAUCUACACCAGAGAAGGGCAAAGUGGUGAUUGUGGAUGUUGUCAUCCCAGAGACCUCUGAAACUAAUGUUGCUGCAAAAGCCUUGCUACAGUUCAACCUCUAUAGAAAUGGGGUGAAACCUCAUGGCAAGGAGAGGACUCUCAGAGAGCUGGAGAGCUUGGCUGAGCAAGCUGGAUUUGCUCGUGUUCGAGUCGCCUGUAGUGCGUACAACUUCUCCGUCAUCGAGUUCCUCAAACUGUGUGAUGCACCUGCGUAGCUGAAAAUUUUCUUUAGUGGUUGUUAGUUCAUCACCCAAGGGAUUGUUUUUUUUUUUUUUUGGAUAAUGAUAGUUCAAUAAGGGAUUGUUGAAAUGGAUUCAUUUAAAUUGAGUGAUGAAUUGUUAUGCGGACAAUAGAUGGAGUCUUGUUGUUGUACUUUUGUCAC